AUGUACGAAUUCGCUCGACAUAUGAGGAAACGCGGGGCUACGAGUGUAGUACUACAAGACUGUUGGUCGACUUUACAAAAGAGUGAAAUUGGCAAUGAGUCGGGCGGGUAGGAAGUCACCCGAUGCUCGCUUUCCAGCCCUCUUUUGAACUUGUUUUCCCCGGCACACAUACACCCCCAUUUGUGUGCCACAGCUUUGUGUGUGUGUGUGUGAUGGAAAUACACACACUGACAUACCAUCCAACCGAUCUUGAGUAUUGUAUGAAAUUCACAGGGAUAGACUAUUUGUUCAGUGAAGCGAUUAAAGACCAUAAUUUAUCAUUCUCCACAUGAUUCUCCGAGAUAUCAUUUCUUCAGUUUAAGAACCUUCUGUGGCCGCUCUGACAGUGAAGGGUAAGAAGCGAUAGACCUCCCUCGUGGUUUAAGGCUUCACCCAGCGUGAUCCUCGUGGCCAGAGUUCAUAACCAACUCUUAAUCAACCACACUGAAGUGAGCAGACAGAUCAUCAUUGACCGACAAGGAUGAACAGGUCAAUGUCUAACGUAAAUCGCUUGAUACUGGCCGUGCUAGGUUCUGCAGUAAUCAUUCUUUCUCUCUCUUCUGUUAAAUCAUUGAACAACUAUUCUGGAAAUCCGUUGGAAGCGCAGCAAAUUAAGGAGAAGAACGAACAGCUGAAGGAGAAAGAUGGAAUCAUAGAACAGCUGACCAACAAACUGGCCUGUCUCACCAAGGGCGUGCUUCCUUCAGGAGGGUUUUGUCUUGACGACACAAAGACAUUUCAAGGAGGGAAUAACGUAUGGGAUGGACUGCUGUGCGCAGGCCUAGAAGAGAUCUUUGGGAGGUCUUCGGUUGGAGAUUUUGGAGCCGGACUGGGACAUUACGGCAGCUGUUUCUUAAGAACAGGUAACAGCAUAGUGAAGUCGUCGAACGAGGCUCAAGCAGAAUCGCUUACGAAGCAAUACCAACUCCAGAUGAAGAUGGGCAACCUGGUGGAUAAACCUCAAGUGAUCAAAUCUUGGGAAGGUUUCGAUUCUGCCUUCAACAUUGAACAGCUGAGUGGUGGAAAAAUUCACACAACGGAUCUUUCAGUCCCUCUGAAGUUGGAUCGCAAAUAUGACUGGGUUUUAAGUCUGGAAGUGGGUGAGCACAUACCACAGGAAAAAGAACAAACGUUUAUAGACAACCUCGUACAGCAUACCUGCAAAGGUGUCGUCCUCUCAUGGGCAGUGGUAGGCCAAGGGGGUUACAACCACGUGAACACGAGGAACAACGACUACAUCCAGCAGCAGAUGGAGAAGCGGGGAUUAGCGCUGGACACAGAAGCUUCGCAAAACCUCAGGAAAAAAGUCAGCGUCUCAUGGUUCAAGAACACACUCAUGGUGUACAGGUUCCCAAAGCCGAAAUGCUGAUCCAGAGGCUCAGAAGUUUACCUUAAUCAUAAUUUACAAACCAUGGACCUUGUAUAUUUUCAAACACCAACGAUUGCCUUACCCUGAUUAUAAUUUACACAAAUUUACACAUCGACCUUGUAUAUUUUCAUAGGACAACGAUUGCCUUCCCCUAAUCAUAAAUUACAAUCCAUCGACCUUGUAUAUUUUCAUAAGCCAACGAUUGCCUUCCCCUAAUCGUAAAUUACAAUCCAUCGACCUUGCAUAUUUACAAAGUCCAACGAUAUCCUCCCAGAAGUUCACAGAUCAAUGGGAUAUGGUUUAGGCAAUCAGUCGCGCAUCUCGAAUCUUGCCUGUUUGGAGUAGUUUGGCAAUCUUAUCUUGUGCUUGUCGCACACUGUGAUACUUAAAGUGUGAAGGUUUGUUUUUUAAUAUAUGGACUUUACUGUG